AUGGCAUGCGUCGCGCGUUAUAUGGGCCGGGUGGCCGCUGCCACUUCAUAUUCUUCAAAUGCUGGUGGAUUGUGCACUUUUCUCGCCCCAGUGGCCGUCGCGGGAGUCCGUGUGCCCCGCCAAGGCCUAUUCAAGACGCCUUCUGCUCGGGGCAUUUUCAGUAUCUCUCAGCCGCGGCACGGCAUUGUGUGCUUUAAGCUUGCGGAUAUCGGAGAAGGCAUCGCGGCGGUGGAGUUGACGAAAUGGUACAAAAAGGAAGGAGAUACUAUUGAGGAGAUGGAAGAAGUGUGCGAAGUGCAGUCGGAUAAAGCUGCAGUUGAAAUCACCAGUCGAUAUUCGGGAAAAAUAGUGAAGUUGUACGCUCAGGAAGGAGAUACAGUUAAAGUUGGCGGCCCCUUAGUGGACAUCGACUCCCCAGAUGUAGAAGACUCCCCGGCAGGCACGCAGACUUCGCCCCCUCCCCCUGCGGAGACACAUGAAGAGCAGCAGCAGGCGACAGCUGCGCCUUCACCAUCUGCUAAGGGAGGAGAGGCCCUGGCGUCUCCUGCUGUGCGCCGACUAGCCAAGGAAAAAGGCGUUGAUUUAGAUAAGGUGAAGGGCAGCGGCGCUCGAGGGGCGAUAACAAAAGAAGAUAUUCUCAACUAUCUCUCGUCCGGGGCCUCAACUGGGCCGCAGAAAACGUCAACAAAAUCGCAACCCCCCAAAACACCGAAGGGGAGCAGAGAAGACCGAGAGGUUCCGUUGCAGGGCUUUUCAAAGGCCAUGGUCAAAUCCAUGACAGAAUCUCUAAAAGUACCGCAUAUGAAUAUCGGAGAUGAGUAUGACGUAACGCGUUUGGGUGAAGUUCGCCGCGUCUUGAACAACCAACUGGCUGCUGAAGGCAUCAAGGUUUCCCUCACUGCCUUUAUAAUUAAGGCGAUGAGCAUAGCAAUGGAUGAAUACCCCAUUGUCAAUUCAAAAUUCAACGCGCAAACCCAGAACUCGUACACUGAGUUCGGCAGCCAUAACGUUAGUGUCGCGAUCGACUCGCCCGGCGGCCUGGUGGUUCCGUGCGUGAAGAACGUUCAAGACCUAACUCUGAUUGAAAUUCAGCAAGAGCUGAUCCGCCUUCAGGGCCUUGCAAAGGCAAAUCGACUCUCUCCUUCUGAUCUCACAGGGGGCACCAUCGCCUUGUCCAACGUUGGCGUCAUUUCAGGAACCUACAUCCACCCGUUGCUGUUCGAUGGCCAGGCAGUGAUUGUGGGUGUUGGUCGCGUGCGGCAGCUGCCGCGUUUUGUGUCCUGCGAUGACGCAGCAGGCGAAGGCAGCAGCGCACUGGUGGCUCGCGACAUCAUAAACUGCAGUUUCUCAGCGGAUCACAGACACUGCGACGGAGCCACCAUAACGCGCUUCAGCAAGAGCAUUAAGACGCUCUUGGAGAACCCGGAGAUGAUGUUGCUGCACUUGAAGUAA